CACACACACCUUCCCUGUCUACUUCUUUAGCUACUUACUAAUGUUGUUGGUUGGUUUUCCUCACAGCUUGCGCUACCUGAACGCAUCAGCCAAUAAGCUGGAGUGCCUCCCUCCAGCCAGCCUAUCAGAGGAGAGCUUCAGCAGCCUGCAGGAGCUGUAUCUGACCAAUAACAGCCUGACGGACAAGAGUGUCCCUCUGCUGACUGGUCACGCCCACCUCAGGGUGCUGCACCUGGCCUACAACCAGCUACAGACCUUCCCAGCCAGUAAGAUGGCGCGGUUGGAGCAGCUGGAGGAACUGGACCUCAGUGGGAACAGGCUGAGAGCGGUGCCCACCACCAUCCUGAGCUGCAGGCACAUGCACACCCUCUCUGCCCACUCCAACAACAUCACUGUCUUCCCUGAGGUCCUCCAGCUUCAAGACAUGAAGUGUGUGGAUCUGAGCUGUAAUGAGUUGUGUGAGGUAGUCCUCCCAGAGUCUCUGCCUGCUAAACUACAGGAGCUAGACCUGACAGGCAACCCCCGCCUCAACCUGGACCACCGGAGCCUCGAGCUGCUCAAUAACAUUAGGUGUUUCCGUGUGGACCCAUCUCCCUCCUCUUUGUGUGGCAGUGAGGGGCCCGGGGAGCCUGCAGUCUGGAGCCACGGAUACACAGAGGCCUCUGGGGUCAACAACAAGCUGUGUGUAGCAGCCCUGGCGUUGGAUAGUUUCUGUGGAAGCAGGGAGGCUCUGUACGGGGUGUUUGACGGAGACCGGAACGUUGAGGUGCCCUACCUGCUGCAAUGCACCAUGGGAGACGUGCUGGCCGAGGAACUACACAAGAGCAAGAACCAAGAGGACUAUAUGACCAACACCUUCCUCACCAUGCAGAGGAAGUUGGGCACGGCAGGACAGAGGCUGGGAGGGUCCGCGGCCCUCUGCCACAUCCGUCAUGGCCUAGUUGCCCCAAGCGACCGUGGCGGCGGGGGCUGUUUCACGGUGACAGCGGCUAACGUGGGAAGGUGUCAAGCAGUUCUGUGUCGUGAUGGCAAGGCCCUCCCUCUCUCCACCACACACACCGUCAGACAGCAGUCAGAGUACCAAAGAGCACGCCAGCACCAUGCUAUCAUCACUGAGGUACACACACACUGCCGGGGGCUGGGUGGGGGUGGUGGGGCUACAGCAGCAGCAGUCUUCAGUGAUACUCAGCUGCACCACCACAGCACACCGACUGUCAGGACAGCCGUAGCCUGCGCCACCGUACACAGCUUCUGGCUGCUGCUAGGGAGUCUGGGACGUUACGCACUGCCUCCACUGCCUCGCGUGGACAUGCGUAUCCACAAGCCCCGGCUGGCCAGGAUGAAAACUCAUCCUGCGGGGGCGGGGCACACACACCCUAACACCUCUGUCACACAGCAGCCUGAGCCUUUACCUCCACCCUCCUGCCAGUCAGCCCCCACCCCACCCUCGUCCCCCCCUCAUCCGUUUCCUGACCAUCAGCCCAGCCCUGACCCUAGCCCUGACCCUGUAGGAGAAGAGGAGCUGAGGGCUGUAGAGACAGACACUGUAACACCCAAACACACUGUUCAGGGACAGGAGGUGGGGCCUGGAGAGACUGGAGCAGGGUUGUGUCUGAUUGGUGGAGAGGCGCAGUUAGGUGCGGGCUCAGGCUCUAGCUCAGCCAGUAGGACUCUGGGUGGGACUCUGGGGCGUAAGGGGCGGGGUAAUGGCUCGGUGGCGUGUCAGGGGCGGAGCCAGGAUGUGAUAGAGGAGGUGGGCGACGCUCCCGUCAGGAAGCAAGGAGGUUACUUCAAUGCUCCGGCCCAGCCGGACCCUGACGACAAGCUCGUCAUUCCUCCCGAGCUGGAGGAGGAGAUCCGGGAGAUCAUGAAACAACAACAGGUGCAGAGUCAGACACACCCCCAGUCACCGCCUGCAGCAGAAUACUACGUCACGCCCUUCUAG